CCCGCCCAUCAUCCGUCAAGGGCCAGCCAAUCAAACGUUGGCACCAGGCUCCACCGCUCAAUUGCAGUGCCACGUGAUGGGUAACCCUCUGCCCAGCAUCCAAUGGGAGAAGGACGGCCAAAGGAUACUGGGCGACGAGCGUGUCAGCCUGAUGGAGAAGGGAACGUUCCAGAUCACAAACCUGCAGGAAACGGACUCAGGGGCCUACACCUGCGUGGCUUCCAGCUCAAGCGGAGAGACGACAUGGAGCGGAGUACUCACAGUGAAAGAGAGUGGAGGUUCGUCUGUCCCCCAGGCAUCAGAACCUUUCCAGCUGCCAGGACCGCCCCAGAAGCCUGUGGUGACCGACGUGACCCGCAACAGUGUCACCCUCACCUGGCAGCCCAACGCCCACGAGGGAGGCGCCGCCGUCACCUCAUACAUCAUCGAGGCCUUCAGCCAAUCAGCAGGCAGUACGUGGCAAACGGUGGCUGACCUGGUCAAGUUGGAGAAACACACGGUCAGUGGUCUCUUCCCCAACACCAUCUACCUAUUCAUCGUCCGAGCGGUCAACGCUUAUGGCCUGAGUGACCCCAGCCCCAUCUCUGAGCCCGUCCGCACACAAGAUGUGAGUCCCACCGGUCAGGGAGUGGACCACAGGCAGGUCCAGAAAGAGCUGGGAGAGGUGGCCGUUCAGCUUCAGGAGCCUGUCACACUCACUGCCUCCAGUGUUCAAGUAUCAUGGAUGGUGGACCGUCAGUCCCAGUACAUCCAGGGCUACCGGAUUCUCUACCGGCCCAGGGGUGGCACCUGGCAGCUGCAGGAUGUCAAGGCCCCGUCGGAGCGCCUGGCCGUGGUCGCUGAUCUGCUCAAAGGCACUGAGUACGAGAUCAAGAUCCGGCCCUAUUUCGACGAGUUCCAGGGCAUGGACAGCCGGCUGCUUCUGGUCAGAACACCAGAGGAAGUCCCGAGUGCCCCUCCCAAAGCAGUCACCGUGGUUACAGUGAAGCUGAGCAACAGCUCCAGCAUUAGUGUCUCCUGGGAGCCUCCCCCCGCCGAUAUGCAGAAUGGAAUCAUCCAGGAGUACAAGGUGUGGUGUGUAGGCAACGACACCCAGACCCGCUACCACAUCAACACCACCGUAGGUGGCACCUUCCUCUCCACUGUGCUCAAGGGGCUGCUGCCAGGCAUUCUGUACCAGGUGGAGGUGGCAGCAGUGACCAGCGCCGGAGUGGGCACCCACAGCCAGCCUGUGUCCAUCCUCAUUAAGCUGCCAGCGGAGGCACCUUCGGUGCCCAGCGAGGACAGUGAUGAAGGCAGCGUGAGCCUGGCCGAGCAGAUCACUGACGUGGUGAAGCAGCCGGCGUUCAUCGCUGGGAUCGGCGGGGCCUGCUGGGUCAUCCUCAUGAGUUUCAGCGUGUGGAUCUACUGCCGCCGCAAGAAGAGGAAGGAGCUGAGUCACUAUACCGCAUCGUUCAACUACACGCCUGCAGUUGGCUUUCCACAUGGAGAGGCAUCUGGACUCAAUGGAAGGCCUGGCAUGCUGGGUGGCAACAUGGGCAAUUACCCGUGGCUGGCAGACUCAUGGCCCACCACCAACCUGGUCCAUAGUGGCAAAGAGGUCGUCAACUGCUGCACCUCCAAACAUGACACUGCAGAGAGAUACUACAAUGAAGCGGGCAUAUCCAACUACCUGAACCAGACAGAGAAGUACAGCACGGGCGAUUCCACCGAAGGCCCUAUCUACAGCACCAUCGACCCCACUGCCGAGGACCUCCGCAGCUUUAACAGCCCCUACUCCUCCACCACACCCUACGCCAGCACUCCCAUCAUGCCCUUCACCAACCAGGCACUCCAGGGGUCUCACAGCCCCACAGAGCAAGAUGGCGGCCACUGGAUCACCCAGCCCGCCGGACCCUCCUCCCAGUACGCCCAGCCCGACCGCUGCAGGACGGACAGCGGUAAACCCAAGCAGAAGUCCAUGGGCAAAGCGGUGAAGACCCCCUCUAUGAAUUGGACUGAAGUCCUGCCCGCGCCCCCCUCCUUUGGGGAGCUGGAGCAGUGUGUGGUGGAGGAUUUGCCCCUAGAUGACCAUGAGGACAUGGAGCUAGGGUCUGAUGAGGAAGAGUGGUGCCCGCCCCUUCCAGACAGGACCUAUCUGACCGAGGGUUGUGAGGAUGGUCCCGCCCCUCCCCUCAGGGGUGGCGCCUCGUCCCCCACCACUUCCUACAGUCACCAGUCCACUGCUACUCUCACGCCAUCGCCCCGAGAGGAGAGCCACCAUCCACCCCACGACACAGCACACCUUCACCACCAUGACGGGCAGCAGCUAGCACGUAGGUUACCUUGUGGUCCCGUCUCAGUGCCCCGGGCGCCCAGCCCUCCCCUCACCCAGUCCAACCCUAACCUCUCAGCCCAGCAGCACAGUGAGGACUCCGAGGGGGGCACACCGCUCCGCAAUGGCUCGAAUCAUCGCCGUGACUUCAGCGAGGGGGAAACGCUGAGUGCCGACAAUGUCAGCUCCACCACACCUGUAAGAGCUCUGCCAUCCCCAGCAGACAACACACAGACUCCCCCUGGCCAGAAGUCGCGAGUGAAAAAGAAGACCUCCAAGGGCGGAGCUUACAAAAGAGAGGUGCUGAAUCAAGGAGACCUCCCCCCUCCACCAGAGCCUCCACCAGAGAACGGAGCAGUUCGGGGCCCAGCAGGGACUGUAGAAUGUGGCAACACGUCCCUGGACAGAGAGGGGGGCCCCGAGACCUUGUCCUCCAUGGAGAGGAAAGAAGGAGAGCGGAGCACUCCCAACAGGAAGGGAUCGGGACAGCGACGCCAAGACGAUGAGGACCUGAUCUCAUAUGGCAAACCCAGCUACCUGGCGGGGCGGGGGGGUCAUAUGUCCAGCAACUGCUCCAUCACAGGAAGCUCCUCAUCGCGGGGCUCCACAGGGUCACGAGGGGGUCACUGCCCGGGCAGGAAACGCAACGAGGAGAGGAGGAAAUGAGAUAAGUGGAGACAGGAACAUUCUCACGUAGAAACAAAACACGUUCCUUUGAUGCCUCCCAUUUUCCCUUUUUUCCCAUCGACACAAACAGCUACAAAAUAAAGAAUAUGAUCACAUUCUAAGGAACAAUGCAAGAAGAACGGACUUUCAUCCCUUUUUUUUGCUAUUAUUAUGAUUAUUUAUGACUCUUGGGCUCAUCCCGCAUUCAUUUGUAAAUAGCCAUCUCUGUACUGUUUUUACGUGGGUUCUGGAUACAGGGAUAGAAAAAGUAUAUUGUAUUUAUAAUGAAAAAAAGGUCCAUUAUUAUAAACAGUUAAUGUCUUGAAUGUGCCAACCUCUUUUUGUAGAAAUGCAUACCGUUUCGAGAAGCAUAAAGGCUAUUGCACUUGUUGUGGCGGAGAAACAACAAAAAAUAUGGAGCACAAUGUGUGUUGUCAGGCAGCCGGCCGGACAGAUAAAACUGCAGGGGUUCGUCGUCCUCUCAGGACGCCUCUGCCUGUCUUCUCUGUCGUCUUUGGAUCCCUAUCGCCUGUCGUCCGAUGAGAAUGUUGUUCUUUUCUACGUUAGAUUUUUUUUUUACAGAGAGAGCUUGUUGUGAAAAGAUUGUAACCGUCACUUUUGAAGGAGUGUUGCUGCAAUUGUGUGAUGACUUGCGUAUUAUGUUAAAAAAAUACCUGUUCUGUCGACUAACUUUUUGGUAGUCUUGUUGUUUUGUAAAAAUACAA